CUUCGUGAGGAUGUGACACCCUUUUUUUCUUUCCUGAACUCAUUUGCUCGAUUGUGCUCUCUUUCUACUACCUUUCCAUCGAAAUGUCUCUACCUCUCAAGAUGACAUCUGCAACCUCCGUCCUCAUGGAAGAGAAAAGGCUGUGUUGAUGGCUCUUUUCUGUAUUAUUAUUACAGUCCACAGGAACAGAUAAAGCUGCCUGAUGAUGCCCAUCGCAUCAAUUGUCCUAUGUAUGAAAUCCCUGCUGGUGUUGAGGAGUCCAAGUCUGCAAACCUUUUGCCAUAUUGAGUGGUGGAUUUUUUCUUCGCUGGUGGUUCGAUUGCCUCAAAUGUAAUACCAGUGGGGGCCAGUGUAUAUUUGGAGAACAUGAUGCCCCUGCUUGUUACUGCAAAGAUGGAGUGCACCCUAAAAAUUGUUCUGAUGGAUCAUCUUCAAAAUCUGCAGGUAGCCUGAUAUGCUCUUUACUGUCGAGUUCUGUUACUAUCAUAGCUUCCACCUUGACCGCACAAAUUACACCAGUGGGCGCAAUAUAAUUUUACUUUCUAUUUGGAAGGACACCUGUACUCACUGAUUUUAUUAGGUGGUUCUGCCCAUUUGUGGAGGGUGUAUUCGCAUAGAUUAGCAUAGUCACCGUAAUGGAACAGGAUCAUGUGUAAGUGCUUUCGUGGUCAACCCAGCCUGUCCUAGAAAGCUGUUUUCCCAGCCCUGAGAAAGUCUAAAAAAAUUGACUUCGUUCUACAUAACUGGACCUAUAUGUGUGGAGAGAAGAGAGGGGGUGGGGGAGAGAGAGAGAGAGAGAGAGAGAGAGAGUACCAGGUGUUCACUUGUGCAUGAUAUCUUCUCCUGGCACAUGUCCUCCAUGGACCAUGGUGCUGCCCAUUAUACUUGUUGAUUUACUUAGACCUACUCUGUAGACAAAACUUAAAACUGCUCUUUGGACCCUCCUUGGUUUGAGGUUUCUUAAUGUUUCACAUGUUGAUGACAAAUCCAGCAUGACGUUGUUGAGACCAUCUUUACCUUCAUGAACCAUCACCCAUGAGUUUUGCAUCUGGAAAAAAAUCUUGGGGUAUUCGGUGCAUAAUGCCUGGUAAAAGGACCAUUUUAUACAUUUAGAUUGAAUGCUUUUUUUUUCCUUUGUAAACUCUUUUAGUACGUGUUAGCAUUCUACAGCUAAGCCUUCCAGAUUUUUUGGGAGCAUGAAGACGGGGAUCAGUCAUUGCUACGCUGCAGGCCUGCAAAAUUUGAUUGUUUCUUUAAUAUGCAAUCAUUCACCAAUAACAUGACGAUACUUUGAAUGUUUGUGCAUUUGACAAAUGGAUUUGCAGCGAGAUGCUUGCUUCCAUUCCUAGCAGUUUGUUAUCGUUUGUAGCUGUUUAUUUUUGACACUUGUUACAGUUGAUUAUCUAUAUAAUGAGUUGUGCAAUGUCUGAAUACUUUAAUGUUUCCAAAUCCAGGAAAUGGCGGGAUGAUCAAAGUAAUUAUAGGCGUGGUUUCAGCUGCUGGCAGUUUUCUCCUGGCAAUCGUAGGUUUCUUCAUCUGGCGCUGUCUUGGUAAGAAAAGAACACCUUCCUCCAAGCGAUUCUUAACUCGAUCCUUUUCGUCCUCCAAAACCUCAAGCACAAUUGACAUGGAAAGCAGAAGCUUCCACCAAAGGUGUGCUGGCCGUGUCACAAUCUUCACAUACAAGGAGCUGGAAGAAGCCACCCACAAUUUCAGUCCCUCAAAUGAGCUUGGUGAUGGAGGAUUUGGUGCAGUCUAUCUUGGAAACCUUCAUGAUGGUCGUAAAGUGGCUGUGAGAAAACUUUAUGAGAACAACUACAAGCGCGUUGAGCAAUUCAAGAAUGAAAUUGCCAUCCUUUCUGGCAUCAGCCACCCAAAUCUUGUUUGCCUCUAUGGAUGCACUUCGCGCCAUAGCAGGGAGCUGCUUUUGGUAUAUGAGUAUGUGAACAAUGGGACAGUUGGAGACCAUAUUCAUGGCAUGCGUUCCAGUGGAGGGCAUCUGACAUGGAAGGUGAGAUUGAACAUAGCUGUUGAAACUGCAGAGGCAUUAGCCCAUUUGCACGGGCUUGAACCACCAAUCAUUAACAGGGAUGUAAAGACCAACAACAUACUACUUGACAGAGAUUUCCAUGUUAAAGUGGCGGACUUUGGCCUGUCACGCUUAUUCCCACUUGACGUGACGCAUGUCUCAACUGCUCCUCAGGGGACACCCGGCUAUGUUGAUCCUGACUAUCACAAGUGCUACCAGUUAACGGAAAAAAGUGAUGUUUACAGUUUUGGUGUAGUACUUGCAGAAUUAAUCUCUUCGUUGCCUGCUGUUGAUAUCAGACGGCACAGGCAUGAGAUAAAUCUUGCAAAUUUGGCCGUUAAUAAGAUCAACAAUCAUGAAUUGCAUGAAUUUAUUGAUUCUUCACUUGAGUUUGAGACUGAUGAGUGGGUGAAUCGAACUGUAAGAGCUGUUGCGGAGCUGACAUUCAGGUGUUUGGUACAAGAGAGGGAAAUAAGGCCAACAAUGGAGGAAGUAUGUUGUUGGUCUUUACAUCCCUGUGAAUGAUUGGUGGUUCAAGCCCGUGCAAAUGGGCUAAUGCCUCUGCAGUUUCAAUAGCUAUGUUCAAUCUCACCUUCCAUGUCAGAUGCCCUCCACUGGAACGCAUGCCAUGAAUAUGGUCUCCAACUGUCCCAUUGUUCACAUACUCAUAUACCAAAAGCAGCUCCCUGCUAUGUCGCGAAGUGCAUCCAUAGAGGCAAACAAGAUUUGGGUGGCUGAUGCCAGAAAGGAUGGCAAUUUCAUUCUUGAAUUGCUCAACGCGCUUGUAGUUGUUCUCAUAAAGUUUUCUCACAGCCACUUUACGACCAUCAUGAAGGUUUCCAAGAUAGACUGCACCAAAUCCUCCAUCACCAAGCUCAUUUGAGGGACUGAAAUUGUGGGUGGCUUCUUCCAGCUCCUUGUAUGUGAAGAUUGUGACACGGCCAGCACACCUUUGGUGGAAGCUUCUGCUUUCCAUGUCAAUUGUGCUUGAGGUUUUGGAGGACGAAAAGGAUCGAGUUAAGAAUCGCUUGGAGGAAGGUGUUCUUUUCUUACCAAGACAGCGCCAGAUGAAGAAACCUACGAUUGCCAGGAGAAAACUGCCAGCAGCUGAAACCAC